AUGAAAUAAAUUGAAGAUAUUGAAGAAAAAUGUUAGAUAAAGAUAUUCCUCUCAAUAAUUUAAAUAUUCCUCCCAGUGAAAGUGGAACUAAUUCAAGAUGGGAUUGGAUAAAUUUGUUGCAUUUAUUAACACCUAUUGCAUUAGGAUAUGUUUAUUAUAAAGGUAAAACAGAAAAAGAAGAACUUCAAAAAAAACUCGAAACAGAAAUUAAUUUCCAUAAAAAUGUUAAAUCUGAUUUCAUAAAAUAUGAUGUUCCGGGUAUAAAUAAAGAAGAAUUUUGGCACAAAGUUGAAAAAAUUAAAAUUGAAGAAGAACACCGAGCAAAAAUAGAACUUCAAGAACUUUCAAAGGUUGAAAAUGGAAUAAAACAUAUUCUGGAUAUUCAUUGUAGUUGGAUAAAACCAAGAGCAGAUCGUGAAAAAAUUGAAAAAAGUUUGCUAGAAUUAUCACAGGAAGAUAAAUUGAAGUAUUUAAAAAUGCAAGAUGGUCUAAACAAUAUAUUUCAGUAUGAUACUGCUCAUUGUGGAGGAGGAUUUCAUAAUAAUGGUCAAAUAUAUCGCGUCUGGAUGCAACUAUGGAGAUCUAGAAUUGAAUACGAUAAGCAAUCUAGAAUUUUGGCUAGGAAAAAUCAGUUGUAUAAAGAAUAUACAUUAAUUAAGUAAAUCUAAUUAAGUUAAAUGUAUUUGAUGAAUUUAAGUAACUAGUCUGGGACA